AUGACCGCACCAGCUGCCCCCCCAAUCCUGGACUUCUCUGCUUUCUAUGGUAGCGACAACGAAGCCAAGGCCCAGUUGGUAGAGGAGGUGCGCAACUGCUGCCACUACAAUGGCUUCUUCCAGAUUACGGGCCAUCGCGUGCCGCUCGACCUGCAGCGCCGCGUUAUGGAAUGCUCCAAACGCUUCUUCGACUUGCCUUUGGAAGAGAAGAUGCAAAUUGACAAAAAUCUGAACACCUUUAACCGCGGCUAUGAGCUGCUGCGAUCGCAAAUGCUCGAAGCAGGCACCGGCCCCGAGCUGAAAGAAGGGCUCUACAUUGGCGAGGAGAUCCCCGAGGAUCACCCAUACUUUGUCCAGAAGAAGCUGAACAGUGGUCCCAAUCAAUGGCCACAGACGGUCCCCGACAAGGCGGAGUUCCAAAAGACAACGAUGGAAUAUUAUCACGCAGUAUUCGAGCUCGCGAAAGACGUGCUGGGGGUGGUUGCGUUAACGCUGGGUGUGGACGCGACCUUCUUCGAGCCUCUCACCGAAGGCGCUGUUGCCACGAUGCGUUAUCUGCACUAUCCCGCGCAACCGAAGGACCAGGACGAGAAACUGAAUCGUGGAAUUGGCGCACAUACCGACUUUGGAUGCGUCACGCUGCUCCUGCAGGAUGAAGUGGACGGCUUGCAGGUCUUGGACGUGCCUACUGGGCAGUGGCUGGAUGUUCGUGCCUCUCCUGUCCGUCUUGAAUCCAUCACUAAUCCAUGUCAUUCACAGGUGAAACCUGUCGAGGGAGCCUACGUCGUCAACCUGGGCGACCUGUUCAUGCGCAUGGCCAACGAUAAAUACAAGUCCAACAUUCACCGCGUGAUCAAUAAGUCGGGCCGUGAGAGAUAUUCGAUUCCGUUUUUCUUCAGUGGAAACCCAGACUACCUUUGCGAGUGCCUACCGAACUGUCGCGCGCCGGGCGAGCCAGCCAAAUACCCACCGAUCACCGUCCAGGAUCGGGUGACUGAAGCCUACAAGGAUAGCUAUGGUCGGGCAGAACAAUACAAGAAGGAGCUGGAGAUGCAGGCCCUGGCGUCUACUCCAGCGGUAGCUUCGAAGCAUGGCCUGAAUGCGAAGGGAGAGAUCUCACGACCAACGAAAUCGAAAAUGGACAGAGUCGCCAUGGAAAAGAAGCAUAACCAGCCCGUUCAUGAUGUCGAUCCAGAUAAGGCCGCUGGCAAUAUGAUUGCCCUCGAUGAUCAUGAAGCUGAGCAAUUCUAUGGCUCUUCUACUACCCAGGCAUACCGCCUCAAGUCCGAGCUGGUAGGAAGUUGCAUGGAACAGAUUGGCAUGGGAAGGCUUUGGAUGGAUUGUGGACAACGUAACUAUAUCCUCCCAUCCCUCCUGCCCCCCAGCCCUAACGUUCCGCCUGGUCAGUUUGCCUCUCAAGGCAUUGGCAGCGUCCAGCCACCCAUUGAACAGGAGCUUUCGGACAUCGUCAGUGUCAGCUAUAGCUCACUUGCCUACUACGCCGGUCUCAUCCUAGGCGCAUCUUUCUGGGGCAUCUCUAGUGACUUAAUCGGUCGACGACCCGCGUUCAAUUAUACCGUCCUGAUCGCAGACGCGACUCCAGCAACUUGUCCACGUCGCGAUAAUAUGGGAUGGUAUGAAUCCACACUUAACCUACACUUCGAGGCUCACCCGGAGAUCUUCAGGCGGUAUACAAUGAUUACCCUUGGUGGCAUGGCCCUUGUCUUCACACUACUCCGUCUGUUUGUUUUCAAGCUCCCUGAGACUCCACGAUAUUUGCUGUCUCAGGGGAGGGAUGAAGAUGCAGUGGCGGCAGUCAACCAUGUGGCCAGACAGAAUGGAAGGCCAGAACCCUUGACCAUUGGCAUGCUUCGCGAAAUUGAUAUGCGGCUGGGAGCUACGCCGAGUGCAAAUGGAACCCACGCACGACUUUCCACCAAGCAAAUGGUCUCUGAAACCCUGCGAAGCUUCAGGGGUGAACAUUACCGCGCUCUAUUCGCCACCUCGAAGCUUGGCAGACAUACCAUCAUUACUUGGGUGAUAUGGCUAACCAUCGGCAUCGGAUACCCUCUGUACUUCAACUUCCUGCCGUCGUAUUUAGCAACCAAGUUUACUCAGAACUCUACUCUCUCUCUAACAUACCGCAACUACUGCAUCACCUCCGCUGUGGGAAUCGUGGGUCCACUAUGUGCUGCGGUGGGCGUCAACACGACGCUCGGCCGUCGGUAUAUGAUGGGAAUCUCGUCUGUCGUGACGGCCGUGUUCCUUUUCGCCUACGUGGGGGUCAACAGCUCCACAGCCAGCCUGGCUUUCUCCUGUGUCACCAGUAUCCUGGCGAAUUUUGAGUAUGCAGUUAUGUUCGCCUUCACCCCAGAAUCCUUUCCAGCCCCCCACCGCGACCGGAUUUACGAGCGCCCCGAUCUAUGCCAGCGCUGCAAUGUGGGUCACGUUGCCCAGCACAAGAACGAGGACAGCUGCUGGGUUGUUCUUUACGGAAAGGUCUAUGAUGUGAGUUCGACCUCUGCUCCCAUUCUACUUCCAUCAUCGACUGCUGACCGGGACCAGGUCACGCGUUUCCUGUCCAGCCAUCCUGGCGGCGCCCAAGCCAUUCUGCGGGUGAGCGGUGGAGAUGCCACAGACGACUUCGAUCCCAUUCAUCCCCCCGAGACCAUGCAGAGUCUCCAGUCGGCACAGAUCGGAUCAACAGACCGCGAUGAGGAGGUGUCCUCUGCCGGUCAUACUACGGGUGCCACGGACGAAAUCGAUGUUAACACCCUCUUGAACCUGGACGAGAUUGAACAGGCAGCCAGCAAGGUAAUCAGCCAGAAGGCGUGGGCUUACUAUUACUCGGCGUCGGACGACCAGAUCACCAAGGACUGGAACACGCAAGUUUACCGAUCACUUCUGCUGCGUCCCCGAGUCUUUAUCGACUGCCAGAAAUGCGAUGUGGAGACCGAGCUUUUGGGAUGGAAGCUUGGUCUCCCGAUCUACGUAUCUCCAACCGCAAUGGCUCGCUUAGGACACCCCAGCGGGGAGGCGGGAAUCGCAGAAGCAUGCGGUACCUUUGGAGCGCUGCAGAUCAUCGCAAAUAAUUCGUCAUUGUCACCCGAGCAGGUGGUUGCUAAUGCUGCACCGACGCAAGUAUUUGGAUGGCAGCUGUAUGUCCAGCGAGACCGCAGUGCGAGCGAAGCGAUGCUCGCACGGGUGAACCAGCUAGAUGCGAUCAAGUUUGUGGUACUCACGCUUGACGCGCCCGUCUCUGGAAAGCGAGAAGAUGACGAGCGCAUCAAUGUGCAGGCUCAUCCAGCAGGCAGUGUCAGUGCCCAGCUUUUCGCUGGCACAGAUCCGUCUCUCACCUGGCACGAGACUCUUGAGUGGCUAUCACGACACACAAAGAAGCCUAUCAUCCUCAAGGGUCUGCAGACUCAUGAAGAUGCCGCUAUUGCCGCCCGGUAUACACCCCUCGUCCAAGCUAUUAUCCUAUCCAACCAUGGUGGGAGAUCUCUGGACACGGCACCACCGGCCGUACACACCCUCCUUGAAAUACGGAAGUACUGUCCCCAUAUUUUCCUGAAGAUGGAGGUGUGGGUGGACGGUGGGAUUCGACGAGGGACCGACGUCGUCAAAGCGCUUUGCCUUGGUGCGAAGGCUGUUGGCAUCGGACGGCCGGCUCUUUGGGGCCUUGGGGCUGGGGGAGUGAAGGGCGUUGAACGAACGCUACAAAGUGCGCCCCCUAUUCUCUCGCCUGUGAAUCUCCUUGAUCAUCUGCUAAUAUCCCGUCUUCGCCUGGUAGUUCUGUUGGAGGAGACCAAGACGUGCAUGCGACUCUUGGGAGCUACCAGCAUCCAGGACCUGGGUCCCCACUAUGUCAACUCCCGCAUUGUGGAGCAGCAAAUCUAUCGGACGCCGCCAAGUGUCGAGGAUGAGGGCGUUUUAGUGUGUAAGGGCAAGCUCUAG